UCAAUGUCGGAUCCCAUCCCAUUCCGCCACCGGACACCUGCGGUCUCCUCACGCCGUCCCUCUCUUAUAUUCUCCUUCCGCUCAGCCGCCGCGGCAUAGUAAUCUUAGACCCCGAUGGACAUCGGCGGAACCAUGAAGUCACAUCGCCGUACCUCCUCCAUGAUCCAAUUCCCCUCCUCGCGCUCUGGGCCUACGCGGCUAUCCAGGAUCAACCAGGAUUCCAUGGACGAGCUACUGCCGACCGAGGCCCGCGAGCUCGAGAGGCCGCUCGCAGCUCGAAAGUUACAGUCUUGGAAGAAAAAUCUAGUCACGGAAGCGCGACCGGACGAUGCGGCCGAGGUGGCCGACGAAAUGCUAGUUCGGUCUUCCGCGGAAGGUUUGGUGGAAUACGACGGCGAUCUGCUUCUCGAUAUGGUGCAUAAUCUGCAGCACAACAUGAAACAGAGUCUUUCAGAGUGUCCAAGAGGACGGCUUUACGAGAGAUACGAGCAGUUGCGGGAUGAGAAGCUGAUGCAACAGUGGGAAUCAAUUGAAUGGAAACGGAAGAAAGACGCGAUGGAGGCGAUGGAAGAUAUGCUGGAGGAUAUCAAGGCAGAGAUGAAGAUUCAGUUUGGAUAUCUUGCUGAUAGGAGCAAUUCAGCCACUACCGGCCCUCGCCGCCCGAGGAAGCAGAGGUCUUUUAGUAUUGGUUCAGGAUUAGAAUUGAGAGAAAAGCAUCUUGUGGACAAUUUUCUUCGUCAUCCUCAGAAUUUUGAGGAGGUUCCUAUAGAUGAUUCUUCUAAAAGCUAUGACUCAAGGAGAGUACUGUCUGUCAACUCUAACAAGAGUCUGCUUUCCUCAACAAGGCCUCCUUGUCAACCUUCCAAAACUAGCUCUAGACUUACAAAGCAAAGGAACAAUUCUGAGCAUUCUUCGAUGCAAAGGUCUGUUGAAUCAUCUCACUUGAGGAAGGAAAACAUGAAGCCUCUGGAAACAGUUAGAAAAGUGACCUCUCAAUUAGACUCUAGCACAUUUGAUCGAAGCAAGAGCAGCACUGCAGGUAUGGAUGUUUUAAAGGAUCAAAAGCAGUCAAGGUUUCGUCACAUGAGAAACAGCAGCUCAGCGAGUUUCUUCGAGCUGAAAGAACUAGCACCAGUAAAUUCUGACAGUCCCAGCCUUCCAAUUUCAAGCUUUCAAGAGGAUCAAUGUACGAACACGGUCUCCAAAAUGAUGCAAGCUAGGAGUGAGCCCAAACCAUUCCUCAGGCGAGGCAGUGGCAUAGGUCCUGGUGUUGGCGCUUCUAUUGUCAAAUUGAGAGCUUCCAAAGCUUCAGAGUUCGGUGACGUUAAAUCUGUAGAUGAACGUGGCGUGUCAUUUGGUUUUACUUCCAACUCCGCAGAAAUAUCAAAAACUAAUGUGCAUGAAGCAUCGGAUAUGGACGCCUUAGCAGCAUCACCAAGAGGCAAGGCAUCUGCCAGUAAUACCCACCACCUUCACCUAAUGAGGGAAGCUGAUGCUGCUCGAGCAAGGAAGAAAUGGGGAACUGUUGAAAAACCCAACUUCGCUACAGAUUCUGAUCAACCAAUGAAGGAUGUCGCAAAGAUGUUCAAGAAAUUGUUAAAAUUUGGCAGCAAAAACAAGGCCACCGAUAAGAGAAUGACUGAUUCGUUAUCUACUUCAAUAUCGUCCGAAGGCGGUGAUGAUGCAGAAAAUGUUUCUGACAAGGGAAAACAAUCAUUAGGUGAGCUGACAAAAUCGAGGAAGCUCCACGCGCCCUGUUAUAAUGCUGCCUUGCACGACGACAGGAUCUUCUCUGAACAAGUGCCAGGUUCUUUUAUUUCUUUCCCAUCAUUCAACGGCAGAGGUACUGAAGUAAAAGCUUAGUUUAUGGGAUGAAAUUCCAGGUUUGUAUGGUUCUCUUGUAUAUUACAGUGAUGAUCAUGGGAUUGAUGAUCAUCAGUUUUUUGUUAUUGUAUAUGCAAGGGUGUAGCGAUUGUAUUGGAUAUUCAAUCUGCGAUACAUUUUCGUUGAAAAAUAUAAAUACUAAUUCUUGUAUUCGUUAU